CUCUAGCGGUGCAUAAAUUUGGAAAUGGAGGACUCGGCAGAAAUGUUUGGUUGUCUGACACUAUAAUUGACUGCAUUAGCCUCUUGACAAGUUGUAGGGCGUAGGAAGUUAUUUCAAAAGGUCAUUAUUUAAGGUCAUCAUGAAUGAAAGUAUGGACAUCGAUUUCCUUUAUGAUGAUGCAGAUAGAUAUUGUGUUGAGAUUGCAGAACUGUACAGCUACACAGAAGAGUGUGAAUUUAUACAGAACCAGUGCAGUUAUGAAGAACUGGCAAAAGCGUAUGGUAUUCAGAGGUGGACCACAGCAUCCCCUUCAGAAAAGCAAAGGUUUCUUGUAACUCUACAAAAUGAGCUGGAAGUAGCAGAGCGAGAACGUCGCAUGCUUGCCAUGCAGGCUGUUUUAUAUUUGGUGCAAGGUAACUUUGGGGAAAUUGACUGUGAGGAAGAACAACUGGAACAGGUUCUAAAAAAUGUUCAUUUAGUGUAUGAGCUGGGGAUGUUCACAACUUUUGUUCAGCUUUUGGGACUGGAAAUUGAAAACACAACUGCUGCAACUUCUGCUAUGCGCAAACCAGCAGUAUCAGUUGCAGACAGCAGGGAAAUCAGGUGUAUACUAAACUUGCUGUAUACUGUUGUGGAGACGUUACGAGUACCCCGGGAGGAGGAAAGUGAAGAAGAUGAGCACAUAAGAGAUGCUUUCCGACAGGAGCUUGGUCAGCCUAUACUCGGUGAAGACACAUUGGCCAUUGUUUUGUUUACCAUGGUAACCAGAUUCUGCAGUGGCAGUGCUCCACAUUUCCCGAUGAAGAAGGUGCUGCUUUUGCUGUGGAAAGUGGUUCUAGCAUCUCUUGGAGGCCUCAAAGAGCUCCAAGAUAGAAAGAAUGAGAAACGGAAAGAGCAUGACUUAGAGGCACUGCCAGAGGACACAUAUGAAGUAUUUCGCUCAAUGCGCCCAGCUUCACCUCCAGCUUCUGCCGCUGAUCUCAUUGAGCAACAGGCACCACGCAGGGGACUCAGGGGAGGCAAGCGGAGUUUGGUCAAACAGAGCAGCCUGGAUGACCCUUUUGAGGCCGGGCUAGAUCGUGAUGAUGACCUCAUGCGUGAAAUGGAAAAUCUGAAGUCUGGCAGUGAUGAUGAUAUGCCUCCUACUCCACCACGACCUGCAACACCUUCUGUUGCACAGAAAUCUUUGCCCUGGAAGCCAAAAGUGAGGCAAAAAGACUUGGAACAGUUCCUAGACCAUACCAGAGCCAAGUUUGUAGGCUUCCAAGUGAAAAAUGACCACCUGUCACUUGCUGGUCUGCCCCAGCCUAUUCAUGAAGGUGUGAAGGUUCUGAGACAGCACCUGUAUAUUUCACUAUCAGAGCUGCAGAUUAAACGAGAAGAGGAAAUAGCCAAGAAUCCUUUGUCACGGCCAGAACAGUAUGUUGAGCCAUCUCCUGUAGAGUGCCUAUACCAGGCCAUGCUGCCCAGUCUACCACAGUAUAUGAUUGCACUACUCAAACUACUGCUGGCUGCAGCCCCUACCUCAAAAGCCAAGACAGAAUCCAUCAAUAUACUGUCUGAUGUCUUGCCUGAAGAAAUGCCAACCACUGUGCUGCAGUCAAUGAAGCUUGGCAUCGAUGUCAAUCGCCAUAAGGAGAUUAUAGUGAAAGCUAUCUCUGGCCUCCUCCUUCUGCUACUAAAACACUUCAAGCUGAACCAUAUAUAUCAGUUUGAGUUCACUAGCCAACAUCUAGUGUUUGCAAACUGUAUCCCUCUGGUCCUCAAGUUCUUCAACCAGAAUAUUCUGUCCUAUGUCAGUGCCAAGAACAGUGUCCCAGCCCUUGAUUUUCCAAAAUGUGUCCUUGGUGAUCAUCAGGAGUUGACUGCAGAGAACAUUGAGAAUGGUGAUGGAGCAGCAUACUGUUGGCGAAAUAUCUUCUCCUGUAUCAACCUGCUACGGAUUCUGAACAAAUUGACCAAGUGGAAGCACUCUCGUACCAUGAUGCUGGUGGUGUUCAAGUCAGCACCAAUCUUGAAGCGAGCUCUGAAAGUCAGACAGGCAAUGCUUCAGUUGUAUGUCCUCAAGCUUCUCAAGCUGCAAACCAAGUACCUUGGUCGGCAGUGGCGCAAGAGCAACAUGAAGACCAUGUCUGCAAUCUACCAGAAAGUCCGACACCGCCUUGGUGAUGACUGGGCGUAUGGCAAUGAUAUGGAUGCACGUCCGUGGGACUUUCAAGCAGAAGAAUGUGCACUGCGAGCCUGUGUUGAUCGCUUUAAUAAUCGUCGCUAUGGCUCCAAUGGUGCAGAUCCUGACUUCAGACCUGUGGACAACUGCAUUUUAAGUGUGCUGGGACAGUAUACAGAACUGAGUGAAGAGUUCAAACAAAACUACGAACGCUGGCUUGACCAGGAAGUCUUUGGUCGCCAGGUAGACUGGGAUCUCAUGUUGGACAGAUGUUAAAAUAACUGCAAGCAGGUCAAGUGAUCAAAAACUGUGUGGUCUGUGGACCACAAAAUACAGGCACAAAGACGUGUGAUCAAAUUUCCUGGAUUGUUGGCAAGCUUUCAAGGCCUUGGUCAUUUAGCACACAACCACGCUAGCUGAGAAAACAACAUAUUUCAAUAUUUUGCAGAACUGGAUCAGAUUUGCAUGUGCUUUUUGGGAUAGUUGCAUCAGUAGUGACCCAUUUUACUACCAUAUUUAUUAUGUAGCAUGUGACUGUUUAAGUUCGAAAUCAAUCACCAAGAAAAUAAAAUAAAAUAAAAUAAAAGACUGAAUUUAUAAAA